CGUCUAACGCAGAGCAGGGAAGAUGCUCGAAGGAACACUCUCUGUGUAUGCAUUUAGCCUUAUUUUCCCCCUUGCACUCGCUGGGGGGUUAUUGUUUCUCAUUAGAUAUUACAUCAAGAAAACCGAAUGGUGUGAAAAUGAUGAACGUUUGGACGGGAAAACAAUUCUUCUGACUGGAGGGAGUUCAGGUCUUGGGCGCGCCCUCUCAGUAGAACUAGCAAAAAGAGGAGCUCGAGUGGUAGUGGCAUGUCGUACUAAAGCCCGCCGAGAUUCAACAGCCUUUUUUCUCCGCAGUAAAACUGGAAGCUUCAAUGUUCGGGUCCUGUUCAUGGACUUGACCAGCUUAGACUCUGUGUGGGAGUUUGCUCGAGAGUUCAACACAAGUGAAGAGAGGUUGGAUGCUAUUAUCAACAACGCAGCAAUUCUGUGUGACCGCGACUGGACAGCAGAUGGAUUUGACACCAUGCUAGGUGUGAACUACGUCGGCCACUUUCUGCUAACCCUGUUGCUCCACGACAAAAUGAGAAAGUGUCCAGACAGCCCCACCAGGAUUCUGAAUGUUGUCUGCGGAGGGUUCCGUAGGGGUAACUUGAAAGACCUAAAAAACCUGGAUGGAAAGGGCGAAACCCAGUAUUCUAUAAAACAACACUACAGGAACAGCAAGCUCGCCCAGUUUCUUUUUACAAAGGAAUUGAGUCGAAGAUACAGAGAGAUGGGAAUUGUAUCAUUCGCUGUAGACCCAGGUCUUGUUUCAACUGGACUGUAUCGUAAACUCACUGGUGUCUUCGGACAGAUCAAUCAAGCAUGUGCGAAAGUUCUCUACCGAACACCAGAAGAAGGGGUGCAGACCCUGCUGUACUGUUUGUUGAGCAAAGGAAUUGAGACAGAAUCUGGUAAACUCUUCAGAGACUGCAAAGCUCAGACAGUGCACGUACCUGAGUGGGAUGAGCAAGCUGCCAAGGCAUUAUGGGAAAACACGUCGAACCUAAUUCAGUUGAAAGGCAUUAAGCUCAGUUUAGAAGAAGAGGAAGAGGAGGAAUGAAAUAAAACGUGAAUACUAUCUCUCCCGCCCCCUUUUUUAUGUUAAAACGUCGAACAAAGUUUCAAAUAAAUUUUUGUCGCGAUACUGACAUACAGAGAAAAGUGUUCACUAAUAUAUUUCUAAAAAACUGAGCUGGUGCCAGUGGAGUAGAAAACAACUGAUAAAAGAUACGAUCAAAAACAGUUUAUGUAUAUAUAAUUGAAAACUUACAACUGAUUUAAAUGAGUAAGGGAAGCUGGGGUAAGAUGGCCACCUUAACUGUGAGUGAGGUUUUCAUUAAUUAAGAUGAAUAUCAUUAUAAUGCAAAAAAGAUUUAAAAUGGACCCUUUGUUAUCAUGUAAUUUCGAGUUAAAACGUAGAUUGUAGAUAGACCUUUUGA